CGAUGCGCACUCGCGAGUAAAACGCAAAGUAGAUCGAGUCAGUAUUGGACGGGCACUCCACGGUGUCACGUGUGACGCUUUUUUGAUUUGAUCGACGAUCGAUCUCUUCGACGCGCGAAAUUUCUCGACGAAAAACGACGUAACGAACAACCGAAAGGUGAAACUACCGGUGCUUUAUUACGAAUAUCGGAUUACCCUUUCUCGCGAGACCUCGUGAGGCAGGGAAUUUGAAGAAGAGCGCAAUGUCAGCCGCGGUGAGGGAGAGAACGACAACGCACACCAGCAGAAAGAUCGUGAGUCAUGGUGGCCCUAUAUCUGGCCAGAGCCAGUCGACAACCACGGCCAACAGCCUCGAAAACAACUUAGACGCUCUCCUCGAAGAUUUGCAAACAAGUGUCUCAAGAAGUGCCACCCCUAGUCGCGGUGGCAGGGCACUUUCGCCUCAAGUGGAGUAUCGAGUAGCUGCGAAUCCUACUAAGAUUGUUUCCGAAGGCAGACCUAUUUCACCGACUCGAACGAUGACAACCACCACGGAAAAAUACGUGAGCACCGGGCCGAGUGGUGCACCAAGCGGUAUUCCCGGUUUGGAUUUCAUCGACUCAGAAUUACAGAAUGUGCAACCCGGACAAAGUAAAACGAUCGCUUACAAACAAGUGUCGUAUCAAUAUAACAAAACUCUGGACGGGAAACCAAUUGAUUCAUGGACGGUUGACAAUGCGUUAACGAACACCAGCGCGGCUAUGAUCGAUGAUAUUCGAGAAAGGACCUACGAAGAAAGCACAAUGCAACGUGGCAUAGAACCGGUUGGCAAAUCGGUGAACAGAGAACUAGUGUACAAUGACAGUUCUACGUCUCGUUCGAAGCAAACUUCCCCUCUCCCGGCUGCUCAAAGGGACGUAAAAUAUAUCCACGCAGAAUCUUCGAGCGAACGUUACCCAGGUUACCAAACAGAACCGGUGCAACAAAAUACUGUGACGACCGUGCACAAGACGACUGCCGCCCAAGAAUACGGAAACGUGGAGUACAUCCCAGUUCCAUCGCCGACGCCAGCGGUACCCAUCAACCUGGCACCGGGUCCAAACACGAAAGUGACGACCACCAUCAAGACGUACACGUACGAGUUACCAGGGCCACCUGAAACCUAUCUACCAGGUGGCAACGUGCCAGGAACCGUGGUGUUGCCAGGCGAUCAAACCAUCACGUACACGAUACCGAAAGGAACCACCUCGACCGCGGACAAAACGAUCACCUAUCAAACCGUGACCGAGAACGUGCCGUCUAAAAGCCCGGCGAGAUACAGUAGCCCGCCGCCACCUGUAACGGAUGUCACCAAGAAAUCCACCACGAUUCACCAAGAGUCGAAAUUCUAUCGGGAGGAACAUCACGGUGGAAGGCCGAGUCAUCCGACGACCACGUCCUAUCACCCUGGCUCGCCACCACCCAUAGAGAACAAAACGACCAUCACGAGAAACGAGAAGUAUUAUCAAGUGGAUGGUACGUACCCGAAUGGAUAUCCGGCCGGCGAUCACCCGGGAACCACGGUGAUUUACCAGAACCAACCGCCGAAUGUAAGCGAGACCCACACAACUAUAAAUCGAGUCGAGGAACAUUAUCCUAGCCGGCCACCGUCCAGCGGACGACACCCGACACCUGAUAAACCGGGAACACCGGUUAAUUAUUAUACAUCGCCACCACAAUCUAGCGCCCAGCCGCAAUCCACCACUAUAUAUAAAUUAUCGAACACGACCACAACGAUACCACCGAACAAGAACCCCGAAGACCACGAGGUUUUGUUACCUAAACCGUUCCCGGUCGAGGAUGUUCGAGCCAAGCCUGUUAACAACGUGCAGACCCCUCCCAAAAAGUUGGAAGACCUCAUGGCGUCGUUUUCCGACACGGAGCGCGAGGUACUGGAAGACAUCGAAAAAAGGGAAAAGGAACAACAGAAAGACUCGCCGGCAGUGAAAAAGGAAGUCGACUUUGUGCCCCACACACCGCCGAAAGUGAAAAGUAAAAAUGUCGCGGGGCCUCCGGUUUAUUAUCCUCCAGGAGCUGCAGAGUUCACUAAAAAAGAAGAAUGUAACGCGGCUAUGUCGCAGGCUGGUGGAGGAUGGGCAAAAGCUAAGGGAAAAUACGAAUACGAAGCGUCUUCAAAAAGCAAAACGAAAUCGAGUAGCGGCAAAGCAGUCGUACCCGUUUGCCUACCACUUUGCUGUGCCUUGCCAUGUGUAAUUAUGUAACUUAUUUUAAUAUUAAUAUUAAUACGUUUCAAAUGAUCGAGCAAUCUAUUAGUCAUAAACGAUCGCGCGUCAGAAUUGAUCAGUCUUCCGUCAUAUGUGCAGAAAAAAAAAUUUUAACAUAAAAAAAAAAAAAAAAAAGAAGAAAUAAUCUUAAGAAAUUACGAAAUAAUUAGUAAAAUUUCAAAUAUUUUUUUGAUUUCUCGUUUGUCAACAAUUAUGUAUGUGUAUAUAUAUAUAUAUAUAUAUCGAUAAUUACAUCGAUAAAUAAAUACAUAUUUAAAACUUGAUAUAAUUUUAAUUUGAAAGAGUAAUAAUUAAAAGAAAUUAAAUGUAGUAUCAUAUUUUAUUUUAUUUUUAAUAUCUUUUUUUAAUUAUUACUAUCUUCAUAUUAAAUAAUUUUUGCAAACAGUAAAGUUAUAUUUUUAUUUUAAUUUUUCAUAAAACAAAAAAUUAAAAUAAAUUAUACGAACGAUAUUUUGCUUUCAUCCUAUUGUAUAUAUAUUAUAUAAUUGGAUUUUAUUUAGUGUAAAAUCGUAUCCUCAUUUAUUGCGUUCGUAGGAAUAAAAAAAACUUAUUUAUUUUUUCAUUCACUUUAUUAUAAAAAUACUCUUAUAUAUACUUCUUAUAUAAAUUCUAUGUUUCAUAUUUUUUAUAUAAUACAUAAUAUUUAUAUACAAAAAUGCCUUGUUAUGAACUAAACAUUUUACACUUUUAUUAAGAUUUCAUGAGAUCAAAAAUAGUUUUAAUGAAUUUUCCCAAAAAUUGAAGAUAUCAAAAUAAAGAAAAUGCAAUAAUAAACUCCUACAUACUUUUUAUAUUACUAUACUUAUAUUAUUGUAGAAUUUUAAACAAAAAUUAUAAUAGAGUUUAUAAGACUUUUAGAACUUUGAAAAUUUAUUAAGGCACGAGAUAUGUUUUUCAUAAUUUAGAAUAAUUUAAAUAUUUAUAUUUAAAUAUAAGUAAAAAUCAUAAUUAUAUGUCAAAGUGCCUUCAACCGUGUUUAAAAAACUUCUAUAAUUAUGAAAUAAUACCGUGAAUUAUGGUGCUAUAAUAAUUUUAGUAAAUAAAGACAUGUAAAUAUAAUGCACUUUCAUAAAAAAAAAAUGAAUAUGUGCAUUAUAAAAUACAUGAAUAUAAAUAUUUUUAAAUAUAUGUAAAAAUUGCCAAUUAAAAGUGCCAUUAAUAAUUCUAUAAAAUAUGUGUUAAUAAAUAAUAGUAGCUUCUACUUUAAUGAAACGUCUAUUCCAUUAAAUCAAUAAUAUAUUUAUUCUUCCACCAUUCGUAUCAUUUUAAAAUCCUACAAUCAUAAUAAAUAUUUCUGGCAUCAUACUUGAAAAUAUGUAAACAUUUUUUAAUAAUAAUAUACAGCGUACACAGUAGCCACACAGAAUAUUGUAUCCUGAAAAAAUGUUAUUAUAUUUGUAUCUUAUACUUAUCUAAUUAUUUUUAAGACAUUUAUUCUUAAAUAUUUUAAAUCUUUUUCAUUGAUAACAAAAUACUAAAUAUUGUAUCCUUAACAGUGUUUAUUCUUAUUUGAAAAUGUAUCUAUCUAUCUAUCUAUCUAUAAUUAUAUUUCUAACCAAAUAUUGUAAUUGUACAAUCAUUUAAAAAAUGAAAAUUAAUUAUCACCCUUACAUUUAAGAAACUAUCAUAUGCAUAUGUAUCUGCUUCUGCAUCCCAAAUACACCUUGUUCCCAUUUUUACACCAGCACCAUAUUGUUGACCCAAAACCACAUUUACGAUAUAUUUAUAACGAUUAAAAUUUAAUUCUAAAAGUAUAUAAUAAAUUAUUCGAUAUCUAAAAUUA